GCCUGUCUUUUUUUUUUACUUGUAAAUGUCUUGUCUUUAAAUACCCUCGCUUCUUCCUCUGCCUUCUCCAGCUCUCGCUUCAUUCGCCAUUAGCUCAGGACAUAUAGAGGGUGAGAAUUCAGAGCUAAAGAUCAUAGAAGAUGGAUAAAGUUUCCAUCUUUUCCAUCAUUUUCUAUUUCAUGAUUCUCUUUAGCUCAUCUUUUACCUUCGCCAAGACCCGGAGCCCUCCGGCCCCGACCCUGCCCCCGACACCUGCCCCUGCACCAGCACCGGCUCCUCACCACGUCAACCUGACCGAGCUACUCAGUGUUGCCGGUCCAUUCCACACUUUCCUCGACUAUCUCCUCUCCACCAAAGUCAUCGACACAUUCCAAAACCAAGCCAACAACACCGAUGAAGGCGUCACCGUCUUUGUCCCUAAAGACGACGCCUUCAAGAACAUGAAGAACCCUUCUCUUUCCAAUCUCACUCAGGACCAGCUCAAGCAACUCCUCCUCUUCCACGCCCUCCCUCAUUACUACUCGCUUUCCGACUUCAAGAACCUCAGCCAAACGGGUUCUGUCAGCACUUUCGCCGGCGGUCAGUACACUUUGAACUUCACUGACGUCUCAGGAACCGUCCAACUCGACUCUGGCUGGACCAAGACUAAGGUCAGCAGUAGCGUUUACUCAACCGAGCCCGUGGCUGUUUACCAAGUGAACCGCGUGCUUCUCCCCGAAGCGAUCUUUGGUACCGACAUUCCCCCGAUGCCCGCUCCAGCUCCCGCUCCCGUUGUCAGCAGCCCGGCGGAUGCUCCUUCCGCUGACUCGGCGGAAAACGCCUCCGCUUCUUCUCCCAAGUCCUCACACAAGAAUUCGGGGCAGAAAGCUGCCAGCUUUGGAGGUUUGGCUUUGAUCUCCAUGGCUGUUUCUGGUAUUGCUGCAUUGUAUUGAUGAUCAUUUGGUCUUGCGGUUUGAGAUCUGCUCUAAGUUACAUUUGUCAAAGAGGUCUAUACCUUGAAUUCAUUCGGAUUGGGUUCCAUUUUUAUUGAUUUUAUACGUUAAUCCUUCUUUGUUAUGAUCGGCAUUUGUCACUGUUGUGUAUGAGAAUGGUCCAAAAGCUUCUUGUUCUUCA